UGAAUCUUUGCGGACGACAUUGGGCGGUACGGGAAGAAAUUGGCGAGCAUUAUUCGGCGCUCCGAGGCUGAUGUGGCCCCAAGUGGGAACCUCGUUUUUCGAGCAAGGAUAAGUUAUUUCGCUUUCCACCAUCUCUCUGCCUCUCCGACUGGCAUAGAAACGCUGCGCUCUGGUAGAGGAGCAGAAGCUGUAUCGCCUGGACGACGUGUAUCCAUAAUUGCGUCGGAUUGAUUGAGUUUCAGGCGAGUGCUUUGUUCUGCAGGGUGUUUUUCUUCCAUCUCUCCGCAGGGAUGAGUGGCUGCCCCUUCGCCAGGCUCAGUGUCAAAGACGCUGAGCGUCCAGAACAGAGAUCGAGAAGCGAGGCUUGUGCGAGAGAAAGUGAUUCGAAAGUCGUAGAGAAGGAGCGUCAAAGGGAAGAGGCAGAUGCUCAGGGUGGAAAAUGCCCUUAUGGCUACGACUCUGGAUCGUUCAAGAUUGGUCCACUGAGUUGUGUUAUCUGCCGAGCACUACUGUAUGAAAGUGCCAGAUGUGUACCAUGCGAUCAUAUAUUCUGUCGGGGUUGUAUCUCAAAGUUUCAGGAUUGCGUUAUUUGUGGAGCUGACAUUGAAGGAGUUAAUGCCGACAUAGAGCUCCAGAAGACGGUUGAGCGCUUCAUUGAGGGACAUGCCCGAAUUAAACGAUCUGUUAAAACUGAUGGAGACUCUACAGACGAGGAAAGCCCCCGUUCAAAAGUGGUGUCUUAUGAGGACGUGUCUUUGGCCAGAGGAAGCUUCUUGAUUCAACAUGCCAUGAGGGCCUUUCAAGCUCAAAAUUUCGAGAGUGCCAAGUCAAGAUUGACAAUAUGUGCCCAAGACACACGAGAGGAGCUUUCGAGGAGUGGUGUUACCGUAGAUGUAUGUUCACAACUUGGAGCAGUCCUUGGGAUGCUGGGAGAUUGCUGCCGCGCGAUGGGGGAUGUCGAUGGUGCUAUGGCUCAAUAUGAAGAAAGUGUGGAAAUGCUCUCGAAAUUGUCUCACCAGGAUGACGAGGUGGUUCAUGCACUAUCCGUAUCAUUGAACAAACUUGGAGAUCUGAAAUACUACGCUGAAGACUUGACUGCAGCUCGUGAUUAUUAUGCCCGUGCACUUCAACUGCGCCAAAAUGCAACAGACUUUUCGAAACUAUCAUCCAAAGUUCUUGAUGUCGCCAUAUCUUUGGCCAAAGUUGCCGACGUAAAUCGGGCUUUGGGAGAUGAGACAGCUGGUCGUAAGGGUUUCCAAGAAGCUGUGAAGUCAUUGGAAGACUUUUCUCCUGCCAAUGGUGAAGACUGUCCAGUCUUAGAGAAGAAGAGGUUGUCAAUCCUUGGGUUUCUACACCAACAACUGGCAGAAUCAGAAGUGGAAGGGAUGUAAUCUGCUGAAUAAACUGUUAGUAGCUGUCGGUUUCAAGGUAUUGUAUAUUAUGGGUAGUAUCCAGGUUAAUGAGAAAAAUAGAAUAUCUGAAGACGGUCAGUGAGUUGUAUAAUUACACCUUACAUUCAGGUGCAAUUCCGCCGUUUGUUAUGUGGACGUUGAAGGCUCACGUCGUUCUUGCAUUGUCUUGUCUAUGUGUUGCAAGUGUGCCGUGCGAGACUGUCGCUAUAUUUCUUGAAAAAAGUUUUUCUUCCUCGAAUCUUUCUCUCAUGUACUCAGAUGAUUUCUAUGUAUUGAUGCGCGUGUCUUUGAACCCC